AUGUCCUCCCUCACAUCGGACAACGGACCCCGUGUCAACCGGGCCCGCCCCGCCAAAUCUGCCGGCGUCGACAUCAAGAUCGACCAGCACUGGAGCUCCAAGGCUUACACCUCUGGUUCUACCAUUGCCGGCCACGUCGUCGUCAACACCCAGCGCGAUGCCGCUUUUGAAGACUUUGAGAUCCUCUUUACGGGUACUGCCUACACCCGUGUUGACUUUGUCAACCAGUACUCCAGUGCUACCUAUGCCGCCCGGCCUUUCAUGAAGCUUCGGAUGCCCAUCCGAGAUUCAGAUUUCCCCAGCCCUCGUGUCUUUGAGGCUGGCCGCACAUAUACCAUCCCUUUCAACUUUGUCGUCCCCCACCAGCUCACCCUCAGCGCUUGCAACCACCCGGUUGAGCAUGCUGGCGUUCGCGAUCACCACCUCCAGCUCCCCCCGACCAUGGGUUUCUGGGAGCACAAUGACCAGUCUCCCGACAUGGCUCACAUCGAGUAUGCCGUCCGCGCCGGCGCAUACAAGGACACUGCCGAGGAGGGCCGAACCCAGAUCCUCGAGGGCUUCCACAUGAUCAAGGUGCUCCCCUCGCUUCCUGAGGAUGCGCCCCUUGACAUUGGUCCCAACGAUGAGCGCUACACCCUCUCCAAGACAAAGACCAUCCGCAAGAACCUCUUCUCGGCCAAGCAGGGCAAGCUCACCACCACGGCUUCCCAGCCCGGUGCCAUCAUGCUCUCUGCCAACUUUCUCAAUGCUACCGAGACCAACUUGAAGGUCGACCUCAAGUUCAGCACGGCAUCUGCUGAUAUCACUCCCCCCAAGAUCAACUCUGUCAGCGCCAAGCUGCACUCCACCACCUUUUUCAGCAGCGCCCCUAUGAACCAUCUCCCCAACCUUGGCGCUCGCAUCAAGCACCAGAGCAGCCCCUCGCUCACAUACUCGACCACCACCCCCAUCCCCAUGCACCCCGAUACAAACAUUACCUGGGAGAACGAGGCUCCCGCCUCUCGACGAGACUCUGGAUACUCCAGCGGCGCUUGGCACGAGGUUACUUCCGAGAACGAAGGCGCCGAAGGCCGCAACAAGAAGGCCAGCAAGGAAAACGUCCACCGCUACGCCACCCUCAACAUCCCCUUCACCUUGCCCACCGGCGGCAACAAGAUCUUCCUCCCAACCUUUUACUCGUGCAUCAGCGCCCGCACCUACAUCGUCUACCUGACUCUCUCCGUCGGCCCCAUGAACACCAACAUCAACCUCUUUGUGCCUGUCCAGGUUGCCGUCGAGAACACCUUUGAGCCCGUCGAUGACGAGCUCCCUACCUUUGACGACGCCGUCGCAGAGGCCGAGGCCGACUCUUACUUCCAGCCCCGACUCACGCAGGUCCCCUCGGAGCGCUUCCAGGGCACCAGCACCCUCCCUGGCUACGAAGAUGCACGACGACGCCAAGUUGCAGUUGCCUAA